AUGGCCGAAGUCCUCGGUAUCGCAUCCGGCGCCGCGGGCCUCCUAAGUCUUGCGAUAGAAGUGACCAAGCUCAGUUAUACCUACAUCGCCAGUGUUCGAGGCGCGCCUAAAUCAUUAACCUCUUACAUUGGGGAGCUUGCAACGCUCACCUCGGUUCUUUUACAGCUCGACGACCUCAUCCAGUCUAAAAAGAUCAACAGCCAGAAUAGCCAGAUUCUCAGCAAGGCUUUAAACGACUGCAAACAGGAAGUAGAAUACCUGAGGGCAAAGCUGGAGAGAAAAGUGUCAUAUGGCAGAAUCAAAGCCAAGGUGGCCGCUCUGGCUUGGCCCUUAUCAGAAUCGGAGUUGCAGGACAAAGUAAACAUGCUGCAUCGCUACAACGGCAUCUUCUCAUCUGCCUUACAAGCCGAUACUAAUCAUUUGCAAAGAACCAUUGCAAUUGCCACGAACAAAGAACUGCAAGACUUCAGGCACAGUACCGAAACAAAGGAAAUCAUUGCCUGGUAUAAGUCGGAUGUCGCAAUUGAGGUUUCAACCUCUCACCUGGAGGAUUACUGUCCCUCUACAUGGCAAACAUUUCUAUCAGGCCACGUCUAUCAUUCUUGGCGCAGUGGCUCAACACCUGUCGUUUGGGCAUAUAGACAACCUGGUGCUGGGAAAACAGUAUUGGCUGCACUCGUUCUCCAAGAUAUCAAGUCUGGUAAUUUACCUGGUACAGCCAUCGCCUCACACUUUUUCAGCAGCAACAGACCCAAGGAGUCUGUGGGCAAUGUCCUCCGCAACCUGAUCGCCCAAGCACUCCGCGGCUGCCCUGUCAUCCCUCAAGAGGCAUUGGCCCUGUAUGAGAAGGGGUCCCAGAAUCUAAUGAUGACCGAUCUGAUCAAUGUUCUUGAGGCGAUUGCUAAAUCAAUGACCAUUUGUAUCAUCCUUAAUGGACUUGACGAGUGUCCAUUUCUUCCUAAGCUUUUCAACAUCCUGUCGACAUUGCAGGAGCUAGGAGUCAGACUUUUCGCAACAGCUCGCGAUCUGCCAAAGAUUAGAAAACAUUUUAAGAAGAAGCCAAGCGUGGAAGUUUCUGCCACAAGUCAAGACUUAGAUCUUUACGUUAAUCACCGAUUAAAGCAUGGAGAAGUUGAUGUCGAGUUAAUCGGAACAAUAUUGAAAUCAGAUCUUGUGUCUGCGAUUGAGAAGAAGACAGCCGGGUCGUUCCUUCUUGCUCGGCUCAUCAUGGAUCACAUCACUAGCCUGCUCACUAUCAAGGACAUACGAAAAGCCUUGAUAUCGUUACCCGCUAAUUACGAUGAGGCUUACCUAGGCACAUUUGACCGUAUAGUCAAGCAAGCCCCUGGUCUAAGGGACCUCGCCUUGCGAUCAUUAAAUUUCAUUUGUUAUGUCAAGGAGCCUUUACGAAUAGUUGAACUGCAGCAUUGCCUCGCUAUCGAGGAAGGCAUGCUCGAAAUCGAUCCUGAGGAUCUUCAAACUCCUAAAACUAUCAUCUCAUCUUGCCUUGGACUACUUGUCGUUUCAGGAUCAGAAAGAAUUGUGGAAUUCGUACACUCGACUGCGCGAAGGUUCCUCCAGAGUCGACCAGAAGGAAUGGAUAAGCGCCCCCAUCUGACAAUUGUUCGCAGUUGCAUCUCGUACAUGUCAACAAAUGAGAUGCGCCAGGGCCGCUGUACAUCCCACGAGGAGAUCACCCAACGUUGUCAGAAGCAGCCGUUCCUACAUUAUGCAGCGAACUUCUACGGCUACCAUGCUCAAGAAGUUGAAGGAGAAUGCUUCGACCAGCUUUCGGAGUUUUUAGAGGACGAUGUCCUUCGGGAGAGCUCUUGGCAACUUUUGAACUUCAAAGCUCAUCUCGAUACUUCCGUCUCCGAAUCUGUGUUCGACUCUAGUCCCAGAAAUGUACUUGCUCUACACGUUGCCGCAUUCUGGGCUUUUUAUAAGUAUGUUGUCAAUAGCUUGGACGACACACAGCCGGGAACUCCGAGCACUAAGAUGCAGAAUCUAAAUAAGGCUGACUCUCAUGGAUGGACACCUUUGCACUGGGCCGUGUCCAUGGGUCACAACAGCAUGGUUGAAAUUCUUCUCAUAUCAGGAGCCAGUCCUGAUCUUCCGGAUCUUGCAGGAUGGACGCCAACAUUCUGGGCAGCCUUUAAGGGCCAUGCGGAUAUUAUUGAAAUGCUGUGGCGGUAUGACAUAGCUCCAUUUCGGUGCGAUAUCAAAGGACUUACUCCACUUCACUGGGCAAUAUGCGCGGGUCGAACCGAAAUCGUCAACCGGCUUUUAAAAGUCAAAACACGUUUUGGACAGUACCAAAAGUCGGUAGUAACCUCACUCCCCUCAUUGGAAGACUUGACAAUUUCAAGAGCUCGUGCCAUGACAACUAAGGCAAAUCAAAGUCCUUUCAAAUUCUAUUCAGAAGGUACAGACAUCGAAAUGUUUUCCGCCAUCUUCAACGCCCUAAAGCAGAGCUUUCGUGAGAAAACAAACAAACCUCGCGAAAGAAGCAGCGGCUAUUACACAAUUGAUCCGUUUCUUUAUGGACCCUUUGGACGAAGCCUCAAGGCUGAUAAUGGCAGAAGAGCAAGACCAGACCGUGACUACCAGUGGGGUAAGCCGGAUGUUGAUUUUCUUCAGUUUGUGGAUCAACUGAUGAUUCACGCUACGCGGUCACAGAACCUGCCUAUCAUCAAACUGGUGUUUGAUCUGAAACUUGUGAAAGCUUCUGGUAUUGAUAGCCUUGCUCUUCUUCACGAAGCGGCAGCAUCUGGUUGGGUCGAGGGUAUGUCUGCCUUGAUCGACCUUGGGGCAGAUGUCAAUAAUGGGCGAAGAAAGGAUGGGAAAACACCUCUUCACGGAGCAUGCCUAAACCAACGCGAAGAAUCAAUCAAUCUGUUGUUGGAUAUUGACAAAGUUGACGUUAAUGCUCGAGACAAAGAUCGACAAACACCAAUCAUGGAUCUCAUGACCGUUUCCUACGAAGAGAAAGGACUCGAUCUGUACAGGCUACUGAUAGCAAGAGGAGCAUCAACAUCCAUCAAAGACGCGGGAGGGAACUCCCUCAUGCAUUUCGCUGUGCGGACAUGUAAUGCUCCGAUCGUCCAAAUGCUGUGUACGGCCGGGUUAAGCAUAGAAUCUCCAAACAAAAGUGGCCAAUUACCGUUGCACUGGAUGGCUCACUGGAAGUACUUUGAACUGCGGAAGGCUGUCACGCCUGAUGAAGCCCAAUCCCUGAAGCAAAAGCGACACGAUUGCAUGAAGCUUGUCUUUAAACUCUCGAGCCCAAGCUCCCUGGAUUCUAUCUGCGAUUGGAAAGAUGGAGCAAUGCCGUCUAAGCAAACGCCUUUGUCAUUAGCUUUAUCAAGAGAGAAUUGGGAUCUUGCAGCCGAGCUACUGAGAUAUAUCAAGCAGCCCGGGAAUAUGAGUUACUUGCUGGAUGCCAAGACUCACAUUAUACACGAACUUUGUACGGUGUCGAAAAGACGUGCCUCAGUCUCAACGCCCAGAAGCCAUGAUCGAACGAUGCUGUAUUAUGAAUUCCAGCCGCUUUCCCUGUAUGAUUGGACUUGUCUGCUUCAAUCUUUUCUUGACGCCGGAGCUGAUAUCAAUGGAGUUAAUUGGAAAGGGGAAACGCCCCUGCAGCUUUGCGUACAGAGGGCAGCUAGCAUACAAGUCAUUGAUACCCUGCUCAAACUAGGAGCCAAUCCCUACCAGGCAACGGAAGAUGGGCUAGAUUGCUUCCAGCUUGCAUUGCUGUGUUGCGACGCAGCAGGUAGUUGGGAGAUAAUGCGCUGUCUUCGAACUUACGCGAACACUCAUCCAGAGCCAGCACAUUAUUUCUGCCAAGGAGGUUUCCUGAUUGCCUCCGAUAUUCCCAUAGAUAAUGAGGAAACUCGCUACCUUCAAGUCCUCCGCCAGACUAAUGCCAUCAACUUUAAGACGCGGUCAGGUCGUACGCUUAUCUACGAAGCCGCUAGUCGGGGUAACACACACUUGGUAGAAAGGUUACUGGACCAUGAUGCUUAUGCGCAUUAUAUCGAUGACUUUGGUAGUUCCGCACUGCAUGCAGCUGCGAAGAAGCAAGCUCCAACAACGGUAGCUGCCCUACUUCAGGCUGGAGCAGACGUCCAUCAAGUUUCUUUCAACGAGUUUGGCUCAACAGUUAGAGGUACACCGUUACAUGUUUGUCUCGAGGCCUGCAGUGGAAGCCAAGUAACGAGUGAGACAAUCGAAGUUGUCCGCAUCUUGCUGGGUUAUGGUGCUGACCCUAAUUAUGCGGUGGUCAGGGACGAUUACACAGAGACGAGCCUCUCACUCCUUCUAAAGGCACUACGCCGGUCAAUAGACUACCCCGAUCUCGACACGAUCACUCCUGAACAUUUAGAUCAAUUGGCACUAGACGUACUGAAACUACUGGUUGAUGCGGGAGCACGAGUCGCUGAUAGCGCUGAUGAUAUUACAAUUGGUGUUGUUGCGAAAAUGGAGGGUUAUGAAUCGCUAUGGGAGGAAAUGAGAUCGCAAUUAAUGCCUAACCAGGUCAUAGACCCUUAG